UAAAGCUACAACUUCUGACAUGGCCACAGCCUCACCAAGAUCUGAUACAAGUAACAACCACAAUGGAAGAUUGCAGAUGCAAGUAACAGUUUCUAGUGCCAAACUGAAACGGAAAAAGAACUGGUUUGGAACAACUUUCUACACGGAAUUAACUGCAGAUGGGGAAAUCAAGAAAACAGCAAAAUCAAGUAGUUCUUCAAAUCCAAAAUGGGAUGAACAGCUGACAGUGAAUGUGACUCCACAGACUACGCUGGAAUUUAGAGUGUGGAGCCAUCACACUUUAAAAGCAGAUGCUUUAUUAGGAAGAGCCACUGUAGACUUGAGACAAGCUUUGGAAAUACACAAUAGAAAAUUGGAGAAGGUGAAAGAGCAGUUGAAACUCUCUCUGGAAAACAAGAGUGGCAUGGUGCAAACAGGUGAACUGACAGUUGUGCUAGAUGGUUUGGUUGUUGAACAAGAAUCUCUUACAAAUCUCAGUUCACCGGCAACCAUAGAAGUUCAGCAGAAUGGUGAGGCUGUGCAUGAAAACAGAGAUGCUUUGGCGAGAAGUACUUCCAGAUCUGCUGGUGACAUUUCUAAUGGGCUAGACAAUCAAGUACCUUCCAACUCUGUAGUAUCCAACACAUUCUGCAUAGAAGCUGUUAAUGGAGACAGCGCCCCAUCUCCUUCUCACCUUGCAGCCAGACCCAAAAACCCACCAGUACCAAAACCACUUGCAGCUGAACCUGUCAACAGCACUGUUAAUGGUGAGUCGUCCUCCUCUGCACCAGAAGCUGGUAUUUCUUCUGUCUCUGAGCCUCUGAUCAGUUCUGUAGAAGCUCCCAUGUCUACAGACUGCACUAACCCUGAACCUCAGUCAACAACAGAAGCCACUGCUUGCUCCGAAGAGCCCACUUCUACAUUGCCUGUUGUGUCUGCUGGACUUGAAGCUGCAACUACAACAGACUGUGCUCCAUCUAAUUCUGCAAACAGUACAGCAGCAGAUGCAGCGAAACCAAGGGAAUCCUCCUCAAGCACAUCUGCAGAACCUGUUAGACAGCAGCCUGGCAAUGCUAGUACAGAACCUUUGCCACCAGGAUGGGAGCAAAGAAAGGAUCCACAUGGUAGAACCUAUUACGUUGAUCACAACACGCGAACUACAACGUGGGAAAGACCACAGCCCUUGCCUCCGGGCUGGGAAAGAAGAGUUGAUGAUCGUGGAAGAGUUUACUAUGUGGACCACAAUACCAGAACCACAACGUGGCAGCGGCCAACGAUGGAAUCGGUCAGGAACUUUGAGCAGUGGCAAUCUCAGCGUAAUCAACUGCAGGGAGCUAUGCAGCAAUUCAACCAACGAUACCUCUAUUCGGUAACUUCUAAAUACUAUGGAGAAAUUA